AAUUUGAAAACGCAGUGCUUCCCUACCAUGCUCCAAUCUUUCACAUUUCCCAUUUCUCGCUUUCCCAUUUUUCACAUUCACUUUCCUCCCUUUCCGGCUUUCCGUUACAGCGUUACUCUCUCUCCUCCAUUUUUUUACUCCCUCUCUCCCCCUCCACACUCUCCUCACUCCACUUUCUGGACUUCCUGUCUCUGUGUUCGCUUCAAAACCCCAUCUCAGAACCAGGUUUCAUUCGAUGCAAUUUACUCUCGAAUUGGAUCGGUUACGUCGUACAUCAGUCCUGGGUCCAAUCGAAUCCAAUUCCCUGCUUUCGAAAUUUGGGUUUUCAUCGAUUUAAAGUUUUUUGGUCAAACAAGAAAAAAUUGUCAUGUAGCUUUGAUCAAACAAUAGCUCCCACUAAGCUCAUUUGACACUGAUCCAAAACAAAGGAUUUGUGUUUUGAAGCUUAGAUAUGGCCAUGGAGAAACGUAUUGAGACAGAAGCUAGCUCGUUUUUGAGUUUGUCCGCGGCCUUGUCGUAUGGGGCUGCUUCCAUGGCAAUGGUUUUUAUCAAUAAAGCGGUUAUUAUGGCGUACUCACAUUCAAUGACCCUUCUCACAAUGCAGCAAUUGGCAACUGCUUUGCUUAUACAUGUUGGUCGAAGAACGAGAUCAAGAGGACUAGAAAUGUCCACCGCGAAAAAACUUCUCCCUGUGUCGCUUUUCUAUAAUGCUAAUGUAGCGUUUGCUUUGGCCAGUUUGAAGGGAGUUAACAUUCCCAUGUAUAUUGCAAUCAAAAGGCUCACACUGCUUGCUGUGCUUGUAGCUGGAUUCUUCUCAGGGAAGGGGAGACCCCCAAUACAGGUGUGUCUUUCAGUAACAUUGACUGCAGUAGGGGUUCUGAUAGCUGCACUCGGAGAUUUUUCAUUUGACCUUUUUGGAUAUAGCAUGGCCCUUACUUCUGUUUUUUUUCAGACCAUGUACCUUGUGUUGGUGGAGAAAUCUGGUGCUGAAGAUGGGCUAUCAUCAGUUGAGAUCAUGUACUAUGACAGCUUUCUGUGUCUUCCGUUUUUGAAGCUUCUCAUUGUAGCUACUGGAGAAUUUCCAGAUUCUUUAUCAUUACUAAUUGCAAAGAGUAAUUCCUUAUAUUUUCUGGUGAUCCUCAUUCUUUCAUUUAUUAUGGGCAUUGUUCUCGACUUCACCAUGUUCUUAUGUACGAUAGUCAACUCCGCUCUAACAACAACCAUCGUUGGAGUCCUAAAAGGGGUUGGGUCCACGACCCUUGGUUUUGUAGUACUGGGUGGCGUGCAAGUACAUGUUUUGAAUGUAACUGGACUAGUUAUCAACACAGCUGGCGGAGUUUGGUAUUCAUUUGCCAAAUAUCAACAGAGGAAGAACAAGCCCGCAAAGUGGAUUGCAGAUGUGGAGGCUCAUCGUAAAUAAAGUUGAUACCAAAAGAUUGCAUAUGGUUACUAACAGCUCCUUUCUGUUUGUACAUUUUGCUUCUUAUCUUCAUCAAAACAUGGCAAUUAGUUCAGGUACUGUUUGGUACGUGGGACGGGACGGAACAGAGUGGGACAAGGUGUUCCGUCCCACGUUUGGUACGCCUAAAACAGGUGGAACGAGCUGUUCCACAGGACGAGUUUUGGGUGAAUUUUCGUUCCA